CUAAGGGACAGUUUGGGUGGGCCUUGUUGGCAUGGAUGCAGCCAACCCCCCCGGAGACUGUGCCCACAGGUGCCCAUCAGCUUCAAGGACCUGGCCGUGCGGUUCUCUGAAGAGGAGUGGCGGCUCCUGCAGGAGGGGCAGCGGGAAUUCUACAGAGACGUGAUGCGGGAAAACUACGAGACGUUGGUGUCUGUGGGGACAGCUGAGCUGCUUCCUCUCUCUGCUUUCCUGUCACCUGCAGAGUCUGGAGGAGCCACAGCAGGAGAGAGCCACCAUGACAAGGGACAGGAACCCUCUUUGGAGCAUGGUCCUCACGGAGAGCAGCCCCAACAGAGCCUACACCUCACCGCCUUAGUGCAGCUAGUGAAAGAGAUUCCAGAGUUCUUGUUUGGGGAAGUGAAGGGCGCUGAAGACUCCUCUGAGAGUGGAAACACCAAUCUGGAUGGGGAGCAAAGGAACCCUGAGGUAGCUGUGGUUGUGGAAGCUUGUCCUCCCCGAGGCCUGCUCACGUCUCUUCCAGAGAGCCCUGCAAGCCACCCCAGCCUGGCCACCACACCCACAGGCAGCUCCUCUUCCGGUGGCCCUCCUGGAGACUGGCCACAAGGAAGCCCCCUACCUACCAGAGGAACUGCUGAUAGACCACUCUCUAUGGAAAAGGAAGGCUCAGGAGCCUCAGGAGAGACCUCAGUUCAUCCCCCUCAAAGCCCAGACCAGAGCAAGAGCUACCUAAGGCAGAACAGAGGCAGCAUGGGAGCAGGAACGGCUCCUGAGAACAGUCCCUUGCAAGGCCUCAUCAACUGUCUGAAGGAGAUCCUUGUGCCCCAGCCCCAGCAGCGGGGGACAGCCCCAGACUUGUCAUCUUCUCUCCCUGGCCUCAGUGUGUUGAAGCAGACCAGAGCCGAGGUGGAGACUGGGAGCCUGCCCUGCCCGGUGAAGAUAGAGGCUGCAUCCGGGGAUUGUCCCCUUCAGGGCCUGCUCAACUGCCUAAAUGAGAUCCCAGAAGCCCCAGACAAGCGUCCCAGCCCCUCAAGAGCAGCAGACCUGCGGCUGCAGGAGGAUCCAGGGAAAAGGAACUCUGGAGGGAUGAGACGCCUCCAGACUCCUCCUCCCCAUUCUGGUCAUGCACAUGCCAGUGUGCUGACCACGGUGAAGGUGGAAGAUGGCUGGACCCAGAGUCCCCCAGUGCCAGCAUCCUGCCAGCUUAGCAGGCAAAACCACAGUCCAUAUUCCACUGGAGACAGCAGAGAGGUCCGUGUGCCCCGCUGGGGCCCCAUGACACUAGCCAGCAGGGCCUCAAGCUCACCUCUAGAAGCUCUGGAGGCCUGUCUGAAGGGCAUUCCUCCAGGCGGGUUAUCACCUCUCCAGUCACUAGCCAUCUCAUGGUCCAGAAGUCCCCAGCCCGGAGAGGCUGGCUCUCAGAGGCUUGAGCUACAGCCACAAGGAUCUCACAGUGAAGGAGCUACAAGGGAGCCACCUCUGCCUCUGAGCUUGCAGGGCUCCAUUAGAGAAGGACCUGGGACGCAUCCCUGUGGCUCGCAGGGUACCCCCACCAGCUUUUCCUCAGCCAGCAGCAGUGAUGGGGAUCUGGAUUUCGGGAGCCCCAGGAGCAGCCAUGGGCAACGGCUUGGGAAAGGAUAUCCACCAGGAAACUCACCACUCCAGGGCCUGCAGAACUGUCUGAGAGACAUCCCUAUUCCCAGGCCACAGGCUUCCUGGCCUUGCCCCUCAGCUUCAGACAGGGGGUUGAAGAGAACAGAGCCCAGGAACUGGGCUGCAGACAGAGAAGGACUGAGGGGCGAGGCCUGUGAACCACUGCACCUCAGACAGGGUCGGGGAGAAGUGCCCAGCAGGAGCCUCCAUCAAGGCACUCCACAGACCUGCACUCCCACCUGCCACCAGGUGACCACCAGGCCAGGAACAUGGCAGUGGCCACAAGAUGAGACAGCCACCAUGCCCUCCCCUCUACACCGCCUAGAGAACUCUCUGAAGGGGAUCUUGCCCAUGCGGCCCCUGCGUUUCACCUGUGUUACUGGCCCUGGCCCCAGCCCGAGCCCCUGCUCCAGCUCCAGUUUCAGCAGCUCUGAUGGAGAGGACCAGAGGCCUGAGCCAGCUCUCUGGCAGCCACCGCUCCAAAAGAAAGACCACCUCCCCUCCUGUGAGGGUCCUGCCCCUCAGUGCCCUGUCUCCGGAGCAUCCCCAAGAGUCAAAUACAAUGACUGUCUUGCUGAAGACCCUGAGAGAAGAGAUCCCCGGGACCGCAGCAGCCUCAGUGCAGGAAGAGCAGAAGGGACAGAAGUCAAGUCCCACCCACCCAAAAGAGAAGAGGCUGCAGAGCCCAUGUGCCAGCCUGCCCCUGUCCGCAGCACCGAAGGAAGAGGAGAGGCAGCUGGGCACCCAUGGCCUGCCACUCAGCUAGAGGAAAGGCCUGAACCCAAGUGUACUGAAGACCCCAGGGAACUGGAGCCUGGACAUGGUCAACCCAGUGCCACAGCCAAGACCCAAGGGAAACUGCUCUCUGGGGACCCUCCGGAACCACCUAGCAAGUCUCCCCUUCCCACAGCUGUCUUGUCGAAGUGGCCACCCACUUCUCUCCAGCCACCAUGCCCCUGUGGCAGGUCCCUGCAGCAGGAACUGCACAACCUGGGUACUGUCCUCAUGGACAAGCUGGACCAGCUUGCAGCAGCUGUGGCAGGCCUCUCUCAGGAAGUGGCCACCAUGAGGACCCAGAUGGAUCAGCUGGGAAGGCGCCCACGGAGCCUUGGGCCAAAAGGCCAGGCUUCCUGGCAGUUGGCCCUCCCCAGGAGACCUCGCUGGGCCAACAGACUGAACCACAGACAUCUACCCUACUGGAGGCAGAAGGGCCCCACCAAGCCCAGACCAAAGAUCCUGCGGGGCCAGGCAGAAGGCUGCAAGGCUGUUGACCGCCCAGGACUCUCUAGAGGGAAGGGCAAUUUGGUGCCUCAGCUGCCUCCAGAUGCUUCCUUGGUAGAAUCUUCCAGGCCCACCUGUAGCUCCUCCCAGCAGAUCUCCUCUACACCUGGAGGCCACACUGUGCUGACUGCACUCCCCCUUCUGGAACACACUGGAUGCCACCAGAAUCCCCUCUCCCCUACUGUGCCUACUGCCUUGGUCCCCCCUGUGGCCUCAUCUGCAACAAGUGCAGACCCAGAACCUGGGGCUGCUAGUGUGGGAACAAUCGACACUCCAAACCAGCCCAAGGAACCUAACAGCCUGCUAGGGGGAGCCCUCAGCAAAGACCUCUGGGGAGGUGACCACAGGGAUCCAAGGUGGGGGACCCACUAACUGCUACUUGUCUGCUCAGCCUUGUUGGGGAUUCUGGGUGGCAGGGGUGUCCUGGCAGGACUCUCUGGGGUCCAGCCAUCCCAGGCUACCUGCUUCCCAGAGGUUGUGUCUUCCUUCUUAGUUGUUCAACCAGCCCUCUCAUUGCUGCUUCAGGUCUGGCCCUUUGUGUCUGCUGUGCCAGGCCCCCAUGGUGUCUGCACAGAGACACUGUUGAGGCAUUCCUCAGCCAUACCUCUGG